ACAAAGAUAGAAAAAGGAAGCAGACUAUAAGUUGAACUUUAAUAAGCGGUGUAGAGCCACAGUUUAUGGGUAAAGCUGACUACUGUAACUGAACAUACUCAUAUUAUUUGUAUGCCAUUGCAGGAAAAUGGAGAGGGGCUUAGGAUAGUUUCAGCAAUUAAAGCGUUAGGGUACCCGGGUGGUUCCUGCCUCACACGGUGUGGGUGUGAUGAACUUCCCUGUCCUCUGCUCACCUGGCUGGCUGCGGAGCUGAAGACUCUCUGUCCAGAGCUGCAAGACUCAAACAGGACAGGUGGUGCUUUACUGGUGGGAGAGCUGAGAAAGUUACUGUCAGACAUGUUCAUUCCUCUCACUGUGCUCGACUCAGAGGUGCUCGGGCCGUCCAUCCUCAACACGGUCACUGAGUUCCUUAUAUCAGAGUUGCAAGCGGCUCGUAUAAUCAAGUAUAAGGAAUCGCAUGCUGAGGAAGAGACAGCAGAAGAGGGCUCUGAAAAGGAGCAGCGAGUUGAGUUUUGCCAAGAAUGUGAGGACGAUGAAGUUUCUGGCAGAACAAAGGCAGAGAUGCAGGCAGAAUGGAUAUUACUGCUGCGUGCACUCGACAUGGACGCCUCCUCUCCACACUCAGAUGUGAUGACUGAGGUAGAGUCCCGGCUCGCUCGUCUUCCAUGUGGAGACAUGACAAACCCGCUUCUCAGCACCAGCCUCAGCACAGAGCAGUGGAUUCAAGUUAAAAGGAUCAAUGAAGUUCUGUCAGAGGACUAUUGGUGUCGGCGGCAGAUGAUGACUAAACGUUUUCAAGUGACACUGGAAUCAUUUGCAUGGGGAGAAAGACAAAAUCAGUGGAGUGAAGCUCUGGCCUCAGUGCCUCCUCUUUCAUCCCUGACUGGCUCCUCCAAAGUCUCUCUGUCUCUUCUGAUUGCUGCUCGAGAGGAUCAGUCUAUCAUUGAGCCGAUCAAGGCUGGAAAAAGCACCUCUGUCUACAAGACGUUGAUGGGCAGUGUACCAGACAGAGGAGGACGCCCAGGGGAAAUUGAGCCACCAAUGCCGGUGUGGGAAGGUAGAAGAGCAAAAGGAAACGCAGGAGGAAGAAGAGGUGGAGGUGGACACCAUCAACAACACAAAUUUACAGACAAAAAGAAGAAAGGGAAAAAAGAAUAACAUGUCUUUUUCAUUGGCUCUACUUGAAUAAUAUUUUGCCUUUAUUUAAAUAGAUGAGAUAAAACAUGCUGCAGUUGGAUGCUGCGUUUGAUAUAAUUUUAUACUUACAAAAGUGCAUUUACUUAAAAGGUGUACGACGAGACAUUUUGUUGAUUUGUAAAAAGAAAAAUAAUUGGUGGUUUUGCUAUUUCAUAUAUAAGUUUGCUUACUCAGGAAUAAACCUUUGAAUCAUGGGAACAUA